GCUUCUGGUUUCUACAGCAGCCUUGCUCAAGAGAUUGACGGCAGCAAAUCAGAGAUUGCGUCUGGCAGAGAAGAAAAUGAGAUAGAAAUGGGAGAAGCUGAUAGUGAAGAACCGGCUGCAGAUCUUAUAGCCGGCUCUGCAGCUGAGGGGAAAGAAAGUUUCAGGAACUGCAACAAAAGGAAAGAAAAAAAAGUAGAAGGGAAUGAGAAGUCCAAAAAUGAACUGAAGAGAUGUGAUUCUAAAAUGCAGUCCAGGAUGUCAAAAAAGCAAAAGAUCAGGCAUCCUGGCAUCACUCGGACUAAGACUGAGAAAAGUGUUGCUAAUCUUUCCUGCUUGGUCUGUGGAGCUCUGCACGUGUCAGAAGUUAUGCUUGUUAAACAUGCCUGGAGUCACGGAAACGAUCCAGGAAGUGUUUGCGGAGCAUGUGGAGAGCGCUCAGAGUCUGUGGAGGUCUUAAAGGAUCAUCUUCAAAGUCGACACAAAACUGAUGACUGUCACAUCUGUGGAGAGUCUUUCCUUAGUGCUCUCAGCCUCGACGAGCACGUAGCCUGCCACUCAGGGGAGAAACCAUACAAAUGUGAUGUUUGCCAUAAUGAAUUUGCACUAAAGGCCUCCCUGGAGGAUCAUCGAAAACUUCACGAGGAGGGUAAGCGCCACAAAUGUCACACCUGUCAUAAAGUGUUUGAACUCAAAGAGCAGUUAAAGGCUCAUCACAGGACUCACACCAACAGGAAGACACACCUCUGCGGUGUGUGCGGUAAAUCCCUCUGCGACUACAGAUCGUUAUCCCGCCACAAAAUGACCCAUUCUGGGGAAAGACCCCACGGCUGUAAGAUUUGCGGGAGGCGUUUUAAACUUCCUGGGACUCUGAGGCAACACGAGAAGAUUCACACAAACAGAGAGAGGUCAUACCUCUGUGACAUUUGCUGCAAAAUGUUCCUGACUAGUGCGCAGCUGGAGAUCCACAUGAGGAUUCACACCAACGAAAAGCCGUAUCACUGCAGCGAGUGUGGCAAGGGAUUCAGCACCAAAGGCCCAUUGACCGUUCACAAGCGGGUCCACAGCGGGGAGACGCCCUACCACUGCCCAGACUGCGGCUGGUCCUUCAAACGCAAGACCAACCUAGACAACCACUUAGUGCUUCACUCGGGCAUCAAGCCAUUUGUGUGCGGGAUUUGUGGGAAAGCUUGCGCACGAAAAGAAUACUUGACUGUUCACAUGAGGACCCACAAUGGAGAGAGACCAUACAAGUGUACCAUCUGUGACAAAGCCUUUACUCAGAGCCAUUGUCUAAAAACACACAUGAAGAGCCACCAGGCGCCAGGAACUGCAACGUAACACUUAAAAGUUCUGGUUUGAUUUUUUUGUUUUUAAACAUCCACACGUCCAUUCUCUCUUCAGCUUCUCAAAUUCGGGGGUCACAAGGGGACUGGAGCCUAUCCCAGCUACCGUAGAGUGAGAGGAAGGGUACUUCCUGGACAGGUCACUAGCCUAUCACAGGCUGUUUAAACAGAACAGUGAAAGUUAACUUAUUUGCCUUUAGCUUUAUUUAUUGUUUUUUUACAUUAAUAAACGUGUACAUGUAUUACCCCUGUGAGACGUCUCUAAUAAAAC